CCUCUCUCUAGUCUCCAUAAACCUUAAGUGUACUCGUGCUCUCAGAUGGCGAGCCUCCGAUGCCUCCGCGUGCUAAGCCGCCGCUCGACGACGGUUCUCUCGAUCAACCAAACGCGCUCGAUCUCAUCAGUUCGUCGAUUAGAGCUUCCCGGGACCAGCAUUACUCAUGGCAUCCCAUCUCAGAAUCAAUCUCUCACUAGGGAUUUGCCAUGGUAUCGCUCUCAAGGUCGACAUUUCUCCUCGAAAACGAAGGACACCGAUGAAAGCAGCGAAGGAGAAGAUGAUGAUGAUGAGGACUACGAGGAAGUAGAGAGGGAGUAUUCACCGGCGGAGAAAGUAGAGGCGGCUGCGGAGAUUGGGUAUAAGGUGAUGGGUCCUCUGAAACCUUCGGAGAGAUUAUUCAAACCCUACGAGUCAGUGUUUGCCGUUGUUCAGAUUGGUUCGCAUCAGUUCAAAGUAAGCAACGGAGACUCCAUCUUCACAGAGAAGUUGAAGUUCUGUGACAUCAAUGAUAAGUUGGUACUGACCAAGGUUCUUCUAUUGGGCUCGGCAAGCCAGACGAUUAUUGGAAGGCCUAUCUUGCCUGAUGCCACUGUUCAUGCUGUUGUGGAAGAGCAUGCAUUGGAUGAGAAAGUGCUCAUUUUCAAAAAGAAGCGAAGGAAGAAUUACAGAAGAACCACAGGACAUCGACAAGUAUAAUUCACAACUCCCUUAUUUGCUUUGAAUUAACUAAGUUGAGAAUAACGGAUAUACAAGGAAUUGAGAAACCAGAACCGAAGAUUGUCCAUAAGCCUUCCAAGGCAGCUGAUACAGAGCAACCAGAGGCUGAGCUAGUUGCUUAAAGAGAUGCCCAAUACUUUGAAGUAAGUUCACCUUUCUUUGAAGUUAGAACUAGUCUCUGAAAAGACAAAACAGGCCUUUUUGCUAGUUAGUAGUGUAAUCUCUUCUAACGUGAUCUUGUUUCUACUGGAACUGCUGGCUCAGGCUUUUGAUACUGUUUGUUUUUCUGUUUCAGAAUUCACAAAUAAAGAUUUGCGGAAAAUUAUGCUUUUUGUUUUGUAAGAUCGUGUUAUAUCGUUUUUUUUUUGUUGCCGGAAAA